AUGUCUUACAUAUAUCUCUUCAUUACAGCCGCUGCUGUUACUGGUGCGCUUGGCUCAUCCCCAAGUUACAAUGGACUUGGCCUUACUCCCCAGAUGGGUUGGGACAAUUGGAAUACAUUUGCCUGCGACGUCAGUGAGCAAUUACUUUUGAACACUGCUGAUCGAAUUUCUGAAAUAGGGUUGAAAGAUUUGGGCUAUAAAUACGUUAUACUCGAUGAUUGCUGGUCUAGCGGCAGGAAUUCCAACGGUACACUUGUUGCAGACAAGAACAAGUUUCCCAAUGGAAUGGAUCACGUGGCAAGGCAUCUUCAUAACAAUAACUUCCUGUUUGGUAUGUACUCGUCUGCCGGUGAAUACACUUGUGCGGGAUACCCUGGAUCUUUGGGACAUGAGCAAGAAGAUGCAGAGUUCUUUGCUAGAAAUGGGGUUGAUUAUUUGAAGUAUGAUAACUGCUAUAACAAAGGCAAAUUUGGCACCCCAGAAACGUCCUACAAACGCUACAAAGCUAUGUCUGAUGCUUUGAACAAAACCGGCAGGCCCAUUUUUUAUUCUUUGUGUAAUUGGGGCCAGGACUUGACAUUUUACUGGGGAUCCGAUAUAGCCAAUUCUUGGAGAAUGAGUGGUGACAUUUACCCUGAGUUCGAUCGCCCUGACAGCAGGUGUCCUUGUGAUGGUGACCAGUAUGAUUGCUCAUAUGCUGGUUUUCAUUGUUCUAUCAUGAAUAUUCUUAACAAAGCCGCUCCAAUGGGGCAAAAUGCAGGGAUUGGUGGUUGGAAUGAUUUGGACAAUUUAGAAGUUGGAGUUGGAAAUCUGACUGACGAUGAAGAAAAGGCUCAUUUUUCCAUGUGGGCAAUGGUUAAGUCUCCACUUAUCAUUGGCGCCGAUGUUAAUCACUUGAAGGAGUCUUCGUAUUCUAUAUAUAGCCAGGCUUCUGUUAUAGCCAUCAACCAAGAUCCAAAGGGUGUACCAGCAACAAGGGUAUGGAGACAUUAUGUUUCACAAACUGACAAGUACGGCAAAGGAGAAAUUCAGCUCUGGAGCUGUCCCCUCGAUAAUGGUGACCAAGUUAUUGCUCUAUUGAAUGGGAGUAAUAAGAAAAGGCCAAUGAAUGCUAGUUUAGAAGACAUUUUCUUUGAUAGCUACUUGGGUUCCGAAGAAUUAUCUUCAAGCUGGGAUAUUUAUGAUCUAUGGGCCAACAGGAUCGACAACACCAUAGCGUCUAACAUUCUUAAGAAUAACAAAGUGACUAACAGUAGUCUGUACAAUGCUACUGAAUUAUCUUACAAAGAAGGGCUGUCGAAGAACGAUACUAGAUUAUUUGGCGUCCAGAUUGGUACUGUUUCUCCUGGUGGGUUACUUAACACCACUGUUCCAGCUCAUGGAGUUGCAUUGUAUAGGUUAAGACGUUCUCGCUAA